AUGAACUAUAGAAGCAAUCAGGAAGUACCAGGAACUAACAAGGGUUAUCAGGAGGUACCAGGAACUGACAAGGGUUAUCAGGAGGUACCAGGAACUGACAAGAGUUAUCAGGAGGUACCAGGAACUAGCAAGGGUUAUAAGGAGGUACCAGGAACUAGCAAGGGUUAUCAGGGGGUACCAGGAACUGACAAGGGUUAUCAGGAGGUACCAGGAACUGACAAGGGUUAUCAGGAGGUACCAGGAACUAGCAAGGGAGGUACCAGGAACAAGGGUUAUCAGGAGGUACCAGGAACUAGCAAGGGUUAUCAGGAGGUACCAGGAACUACAAGGGUUAUCAGGUACCAGGAACUAACAAGGGUUAUCAGGAGGGUACCAGGAACUGACAAGGGUUAUCAGGAGGUACCAGGAACUAACAAGGGUUAUCAGGAGGUACCAGGAACUAACAAGGGUUAUCAGGAGGUACCAGGAACUGACAAGGGUUAUCAGGAGGUACCAGGAACUGACAAGGGUUAUCAGGAGGUACCAGGAACUAACAAGGGCUAUCAGGAGGUACCAGGAACUGACAAGGGUUAUCAGGAGGUACCAGGAACUGACAAGGGUUAUCAGGAGGUACCAGGAACUGACAAGGGUUAUCAGGAGGUACCAGGAACUAACAAGGGUUAUCAGGAGGUACCAGGAACUGACAAGGGUUAUCAGGAGGUACCAGGAACUGACAAGGGUUAUCAGGAGGUACCAGGAACUGACAAGGGUUAUCAGGAGGUACGAGGAACUAGCAAGGAUUAUCAGGGGCUAUCAGGUGCUAUUAGAGGCUAUCAGGUGCUAUUAGAGGCUAUCAGGUGCUAUUAG